UCCGGACGUAAGAGACACCGCAUGGCUUCAGGCUUCGCUGCUCGAUACCAAUCGGUGUCUUUCAAGAGGUACUUGACGUCAGCGCGAGGCAUCAUAAAAAGUAUGAACUACCCGCUCUCAUUCCCGCCCGAUACAGACAGCAUGUGGCAUAUUCAAGUCAAAUUCGGCUUUAUCGUUCAGCUCCGUCUCAACGAACUCCUGAUACCUCACAUCAAAAGUACCGGUUGCCAUGGGGAUUUUUUGAAGCUAAUCGACGGGCCAGACAGCGGAUCGAAACUCAUCACCAAGCUCUGUCGGUCUCAGAAACGAGUGGGCGUGGUUUCGUCAGGCCCCUCCCUGAGGAUCGAGCUGCACUCGGUGAAGAAAGAGAAGUCUGUGUAUGGGGCCAUGACCAGGUUUCUGGCCAAGUACCUUACAAGAGGAAUCAAGGCAAUUAUUCGUCCAUCCGAAGACCAUGCAGAUUGUACCCCUUGGGUCAAAGACGUCACCCUCAACUCGAUCUAA